AUGAAUGCCACCUUCUGCAACCAACCUGCACGGGACCUACUGCUUACCGUUGUGGCGUGGAGCUUCAACUGCCUCAGCAAGGGUGUGUACCCUCACUGCGAUGCAUUCGGGAAGGAAUUCGGGCCGACAUAUAUGCCCGAAAGGGCGAAAGUGGCAGGCCAACGGAUUUGCGGCCCCUACGUGUGCAUUUUCGAUGGGUUUCAAGCCGACUGGGAGUACCACAAGCUGGCUCUGGGCCUGAAUCGCUUCUACAACAAGAAGCUCACAUGUCAUCUCUGCUCUGCUCUCCAAUGGGUCAAUGCUGCUGCCAAGCCGGGUGAACCUAACAACGUGGAGCUGCUCUAUUCUUGCUUCGGGCACCACGCCCAACACCGGAGUACUUUGAUCACGACCAACGAGGAUUUCGUCGAAGUGCAUGGCGAAUCUCCACUCACAAGAAUUGAUGGAUUUGGCCCCUGCAGGAUCCUCCCUGACUACAUGCAUAUGGUCCAUUUGGCCUGUGCUGUUGACUUUCUGGCCAGCAUGUUGCUGGAGGUGACCGAUGAUGCUACGAUCGUGGAAGGUUCAUCACGAGAAAAGCGAUUGGAUCUUAUCUGGAAGGACUACCGAUCCUGGUCUGAAGCCUCUCAAGUCGGUGAUCGUGCCAGCAGACGUAUGUUCACUACAGCAGUUCUGCGCAACAACAAAGUUGUUGAGGUUUCUCAAAAGAUCUUAUCUGCAACGGCUUGCAGAUAUAUGCUACUUUGGGCGGCCACAUUCUUGACCACGGUGUGCGAAUCUAUGAGUGCACUGCCUCCCACCUUGAAGCAACCUGACACAUAUAUGCAAGUGCUAACUGGGUUAUCCUGUAUUCUUGCACGAGAUGUGAGCUUGCAUGCGCCCAGGCACUUGUGGGACGUGGCCGCAGCUUUUCGGGACAUGGAGAUGUUGAUGAUCCACAAUGGGCACUCGAUCAGCACUGGGUGUAAACGUAUCUCAAUUGCAAACGAGAAUUUAACAGAGCAUCCAAGGCGCUUUUUCGACCAAGCAUCGGCCGACCAGUAUGAGCAAGCUUACCUGGUGCUGCGGUUUGGGUUCAACGAGCUUGCUGCGAGUGCGAUAUCUAGAGGCCUUCCGAGGUACCACUUUCGCCCUAAACUCCACCUAUUGGAACAUGCAGUCCUAGAUUUCAGACCUAGGAACCCUAGAUACUUCAGCAACUAUUUAGGGGAAGACGCGAUACGCCGCAUAAAAGCCCUUGCAUGCAAAGCUCCGGUGCGCAACAUGUCGCAUAACGUUCUUUUGCGCUAUACUGUGCAAAUGGGACUUCAGUGGCGGAGAGAGGCCUAA